AUGAAGCUUUCGGGGGGGGGGGGGGGUUUGGUGGGAGUGGGGUUGGGGGGGGGGAGGGGGGGGGGUUGGUGUGGUGGAUUAGGGGGAGUGGGGUUUGGUGGUAUUGGUGGGGGGGAUGGGGGGGGGGGGGUGUGGGGGGGGGGUGUUGGUGGUAGGGUGGGGAGGGGUGGUUGUAGGGUAUUGGGGGUGGGGGGGGGUGGGGGGGGUGGGGGGGGUGGUGGGGUUUGUGGGGGGAGAUGGGGGUUGGUGGGGGGGGGUGGGGUGGGGGUGUUGGGAGUGGUUGUGGUUGGGGGGUAUGGGGGUGGGGUGGGGGGGGUGGUGGGGUUUUGGGGUGGUGUGGUAGGUUGCUUGAUUGGGGGGGGGGGGGGGGUGGGGGGUUCGGUGGUGGUGGGGGUGGUUGGGGGGGGGGGGGGAGUGGUGGUUAGGGGGGGGGGGGGGGGUUUGUGGGAUGGAGGGGUGGGGGGGUUAGGGUGUGUGGGUGGGGGGGGGGGUGGGGGGGGGGGUGGGGGGUGUGGGGGGGGGGGGUGGGUGGGGGUUGUGGUGGUGGGUGGGAGUUGUUUGGGGUGGGGGGAGGGGGGUGGGGGGGUGGUGGGGGGGGAGGGGUGGUGGUGGGGUUCUUUGGGUUGGGGGGUUUUAUUUGAUGGGGGGGGGAGGGGGUUAUUGGGGUGA